CUCAGUAGUGUGCAAGUAGUGUACUAUCAUUUAGUUAUCUGUAAUACAAACUUUCAUAUUUUUUUCUGUUUCUGCAUUUUAGCACUAAAAAUGAAUAAUAUACGCGAUAGUGACAAUGUAUUGAUAAUUUGGAAAAACAGCGAACCAAAUGACUUAAGUAAUUUAGUAAAUGAAAUUAAAAUUUUGUCUAGAACGGGAAAUGUUGUUCUAGAAAACUCCGAAAUGAUCACAGAAUCUUCUCGAGCACCAUCAUCAUUUAAUAUUGUAGUAUCAAAUUGGUUAUCUCCUCAAUCAGUCGUUCACAAUGAUGAUCUAUUAGAAAUAAUUAUGAAACUCCUAAAACCUAGUGGAAAAUUGAUAUUGAAGGAUGCAACAAAUCUAACAAGUACUCUCAAGUUGAAUGGCUUUAUGAACAUAGUAAAAGAUUUAGAUAAUGUGUAUAUUGCCGAAAAGCCUAAUUUUGAGGUUGGAUCAAAAGUAUUUCUUAAUCUCGCAAAGAAACCAGCAGUUUGGAAAAUAGAUGAUACAGUCGAAGCAGCUUGGACGGGAGGAAAUGAUGAUGAUAUAAUUGAUCCUGAUCAACUAUUAGAUGAAAAUGAUCUGAAAAAACCAGAGCAAUCAUUAAGAGUAUGUGCGACAACUGGGAAACGAAAAGCAUGCGCCGACUGUUCGUGCGGUCUCGCCGAAGAGCUACGCGGCGAAACCAAGCAGACGCCUAAGUCAUCCUGUGGAAGUUGCUACCUGGGCGAUGCUUUCCGCUGCGCUACGUGCCCGUACCUAGGUAUGCCGGCAUUCAAACCAGGAGAAAAAGUUGUGCUGGAUCUCAAAUCAGAUAUAUGAAAGUACUCUCAUUCCUCUCGCUUCAGUAAAACUCUAGGUUUAUACAUUUUUGUACUACGAGUAGUAUUCUAUGUUGUGAUUGUUUAAAUAUAUUAUAAUUAUGCACAUACAUUAUAUUUUUUUAAUCAUACAAGAAUU